GUUCGCACUCUCGUUCCCAGCUUUUAAGGGAGCAAGAGAAUGUUACUCUAUCCUAACCUAUUUUUCCUUUUUGUCUAUCUCACAGAUAGGAAAAAUUUAAGAGCCAGAGAAAGCAGUGUCCCUUCUCUGAGGAGAGAGCAGAGAUGGGGAGUGGCAUCAGUGCUGAAGACAAAGAACUUGCCAAGAGGUCCAAGGAGCUGGAGAAGAAGCUGCAGGAGGAUGCUGACAAGGAAGCCAAGACUGUCAAGCUGCUGCUGCUCGGUGCGGGAGAGUCAGGGAAGAGCACUAUCGUCAAACAGAUGAAGAUCAUUCAUCAGGACGGCUACUCACCGGAAGAAUGCCUAGAGUUCAAAUCUAUCAUCUAUGGGAACGUGCUGCAGUCCAUCCUGGCUAUCAUCAGAGCCAUGUCCACACUAGGCAUUGACUAUGCAGAACCAAGUUGUGUGGAUGCCGGGAGACAGCUCAACAACCUGGCUGACUCCAUCGAGGAGGGGACCAUGCCUCCUGAGCUGGUGGAGGUCAUCAGAAAGUUGUGGAAGGACGGUGGCGUUCAAGCCUGCUUUGAGAGAGCUGCGGAGUUCCAGCUCAAUGACUCGGCAUCUUACUACCUGAACCAGCUGGACCGGAUUACAGACCCUGACUACCUCCCUAAUGAGCAAGACGUGCUUCGAUCCAGAGUCAAGACAACAGGCAUCAUCGAGACCAAGUUUUCUGUUAAAGAUUUGAAUUUCAGGAUGUUUGAUGUGGGAGGGCAGAGAUCAGAGAGGAAGAAAUGGAUCCACUGCUUUGAGGGAGUCACCUGCAUCAUUUUCUGCGCGGCUCUCAGUGCCUACGACAUGGUGCUGGUGGAGGAUGACGAAGUGAAUCGCAUGCAUGAGUCUUUGCAUCUGUUCAACAGCAUCUGUAACCACAAGUUCUUUGCAGCUACGUCCAUUGUUCUCUUUCUCAACAAGAAGGACCUCUUUGAGGAAAAAAUUAAGAAAGUCCACCUCAGUAUCUGUUUUCCGGAGUAUGAUGGAAACAACUCCUAUGAGGAUGCUGGGAAUUAUAUCAAGAGUCAGUUCCUUGAUCUCAACAUGAGAAAAGACGUCAAAGAAAUCUACAGUCACAUGACCUGUGCUACGGACACACAGAACGUCAAAUUUGUGUUCGAUGCGGUCACAGACAUUAUCAUCAAAGAAAACCUCAAGGACUGUGGGCUCUUUUAGUGCUCAGUUCCUCGAGUACACAUUCUAUAAGCAAGCUUAGAAUAUACAUUCUAUAAGCGAGCUUAGACCCUGAGGCUCCAUGCAGAAACUUAGUUAACCUGUACCAGAACAUGACAAGCCCAUUCUGUUGAUGACAGAGAAGGCAUGCUCACAAACUGUAGGUACAGUGGCCAGUACACUUUAAAAGAAGGUGUGGCCAAGGAUCCCAAGGCUGGGCUUCCAGUACUGCUUCUGCUUAGUGCAAGAACAGAAAUGUUUCAUUUCUCUGAUGCAAAAGUCCCUGUCUACACAGUGAAGGUAACGUCCCCACCUACUUUACAGGGUCAUACUAACGAGCACAGACCCAACUGAAGGGGAGGCGCUGCUGUGGUUGGCUACAGAAAGCAGCCGUGACAGCUGCAACUGAUGGACUACCAUACUUGGUUAUUAGAAGAAACGAUCUCAGAGCCUAACAGCAAACCUUCCUUACAAUGAGUGAUAAAGUAUUAAAAAUUAAACCUGC